AAACCAAACCAAACCAAACCAAAAAAACCCUCCAGAGAUACACGCAGGGGAAAUGAUCUGUAUUCCUAAAGGGGUGCUCCGCCCCGCCUGGGCCCCCAGCAGUGCAACCCUGCGGCUUCCCUUGCUGCCGCACUGUUUUGUGAACUCCUGUCUUGGGAACAGCGAUGUCUGCUCGUCCCCACUACCGGGCUUCCCCUUGCCCAGCUUCCGCCUCGGCCUGGGGCGCCCCUGCGCCUGCCGAGGCUCGACCCCGCGCCCUGCGCUUCUGCGUGCAGCUCCGGCUCCACUUUCACUUUCGGUCCCGGGGCGGCCAAGGCAGGCAGCAGCGGCAUGGUCCCCGAGCCACAGCAGUGACAAGCUGUUAUCAAUGCUUGUUAAUUUCAUUGUUCAGAGCAUUUUGGAAGAAGGUCCAUUACCUCUUGAUGAUGGAUUUCACAUUCCAUAGUGUCCCAAUGAAGCCUGCAGAUCUACUCUGUGGGGAAGCGAGAGGCAGUUCAAGCAAGAUGAUAUCUCUGUCCAUCAAACGGCCCCUUGUGACCAUGUCCUUUCUGCUUUCAUCACUGUUGAUGCUCUUAACUGUGGCAACUCCAUCCUGGUGUCAGAGGAGUGAAACGACAUCUCCAAAGGCUAGUAACAGGGCACCAUUUCCUUGGAAUAAAAUGCGACUUCCUGAGCACAUCACCCCAGUUCAUUACGAUCUCGUGAUUCAUGCCAACCUCACCACUCUGACUUUCGGGGGAACCACGGAAAUAGAAAUCACAGCCAGCAAGCCCACCAGUACCAUCGUCCUGCAUAGUCACCACCUGCAAAUAUCUAAGGCCGCCCUGAGGAAGGGAGCUGGUGAGAGGCAGUCUUUAGAGCCGCUGAGAGUCCUGGAAUACCCGCCUCAGGAGCAAAUCGCACUCCUGGCUCCUGAGCCCCUGGUGGUUGGGCUCCCAUACACCAUUGUCAUUGACUAUGCUGGCAAUCUUUCUGAGAGUUUCCAUGGAUUUUAUAAAAGCACCUACAGAACCAAGGAAGGGGAAGUGAGGAUACUUGCAUCAACACAGUUUGAACCGACUGCAGCCAGAAUGGCCUUUCCCUGCUUUGACGAACCUGCUUUCAAAGCGAGUUUUUCAAUCAAGAUCAGAAGGGAACCAAGACACCUCGCCAUCUCCAACAUGCCACUGGUUAAAUCUGUGACUGUUGCUGAAGGACUCGUAGAAGACCAUUUUGAUGUGACUGUGAAGAUGAGCACCUACCUGGUGGCCUUCAUUGUUUCAGAUUUUAAGUCUGUCAGCAAGAUGACCAAAAGUGGCGUCAAGGUUUCCGUAUAUGCUGUUCCAGACAAGAUAAAUCAGGCAGAUUAUGCACUGGAUGCCGCGGUGACUCUUCUAGAAUUUUAUGAGGAUUAUUUCAGCAUUCCAUAUCCCUUAUCCAAACAAGAUCUUGCUGCUAUUCCUGACUUUCAGUCUGGUGCUAUGGAAAACUGGGGACUGACAACAUACAGGGAAUCUUCUCUACUGUUUGAUGCUGAAAAGUCUUCUGCAUCAAGUAAGCUUGGCAUCACGAUGACUGUGUCCCAUGAACUCGCCCACCAGUGGUUUGGGAACCUCGUCACUAUGGAAUGGUGGAAUGAUCUUUGGCUAAAUGAGGGAUUUGCCAAGUUUAUGGAGUUCGUGUCUGUCAGUGUGACUCAUCCAGAACUGAAAGUUGAAGAUUAUUUCUUUGAUAAGUGUUUUAAUGCUAUGGAGGUAGAUGCGUUAAACUCCUCACACCCUGUGUCCACACCUGUGGAGAAUCCUGCUCAGAUUCGGGAGAUAUUUGAUGAAGUUUCUUAUGAAAAGGGAGCCUGUAUUCUGAAUAUGCUAAGGGAUUAUCUUGGUGCCGAUGCAUUUAAAAGUGGUAUUGUAAAGUAUCUGCAGAAGUAUAGCUAUAAAAACACAAAAAACGAGGACCUUUGGAAUAGUAUGGCAAGUAUUUGCCCUACAGAUGGCACACAACGAAUGGAUGGAUUUUGUUCUAGAGGUGAACAUUCAGCUUCAUCUUCGCACUGGCGACAGGAAGGCCUUGAUGUGAAAACCAUGAUGAACACCUGGACGCUUCAGAAGGGCUUUCCCCUGAUAACCAUCACAGUGAGAGGGAGGAACGUACACGUGAAGCAAGAGCACUACGUGAAAGGCCCGGACGACGCCCCAGAAACUGGGUACCUGUGGCAUGUCCCAUUGACAUUCAUUACCAGCAACUCAGACUCAGUCCAGCGAUUUUUGCUGAAGACAAGAACAGAUGUGCUCAUCCUCCCAGAAGAGGUGGAAUGGAUCAAAUUUAAUGUUGGAAUGAAUGGCUAUUACGUCGUGCAUUAUGAGGAUGAUGGAUGGGAUUCUUUGACUGGCCUUUUAAAAGGAACACACACGGCAAUCAGCAGUAGUGAUCGGGCCAGUCUCAUUAACAAUGCAUUUCAGCUUGUCAGCAUUGGAAAGCUAUCCAUUGAAAAAGCCUUGGAUUUAAGCUUGUACUUGAAACAUGAAACUGAAAUCAUGCCAGUGUUCCAAGGUUUGAAUGAACUGAUACCUAUGUAUAAGUUAAUGGAGAAAAGAGAUGUGAAUGAAGUGGAAACUCAGUUCAAGGCCUUUCUCAUCGGGCUGCUGAGGGACCUCAUUGAUAAGCAGACUUGGACGGAUGGGGGCGCCAUCUCAGAGCGAAUGCUGCGGAGUCAGCUGCUCCUACUGGCCUGUGUGCGCAAGUACCAGCCCUGUGUGCAGAAGGCAGAAGGCUAUUUCAGACGGUGGCAGGAAGCCAAUGGGAAUUUGAGCCUGCCCAGCGAUGUGACCUUGGCAGUGUUUGCUGUAGGGGCCCAGAACCCAGAAGGAUGGGAUUUUCUUUAUAGUAAAUAUCAAUCGUCAUUGUCCAGUACUGAGAAAAACCAAAUUGAAUUUGCUCUCUGUAUUACCCACAAUAAAGAAAAGCUUCAGUGGCUACUAGAACAAAGUUUUAAGGGAGAUACAAUAAAAACUCAAGAGUUUCCAGAUAUUCUUAGAGCUAUCGGCAGAAACCCAGUGGGAUAUCCAUUGGCCUGGCAGUUUCUGAGGGAAAAUUGGAAUAAACUUGUACAAAAGUUUGAACUUGGCUCAAAUUCCAUAGCCUACAUGGUAAUGGGAACAACAAAUCAAUUCUCGACAAGAGCACGGCUUGAAGAGGUAAAAGAAUUCUUCAGCUCUUUGAAGGAAAAUGGGUCUCAGCUCCGUUGUGUCCAACAAACAAUUGAAACCAUUGAGGAAAACAUACGUUGGAUGGAUAAGAAUUUUGAUAAAAUCAGAGUGUGGCUACAAAAUGAAAAGCUUGAACUGCUGUAACAAUCCGUUCCUUGUUGGUUCCUGUGAUGUGUGAUCUCCAACAUUUUAUUGAAUGUGAAUAUUUUCAAAAUAGAGAUGGUUGUCUUGGCUCCCAGUGAAUAUAUUUCCUGCUCCUUCAACUCCUUAUUCAUUCGUCCCUUCUUAUGAAGACUGGCUGCUAACUUUUUCAUCAGGGGGUUAUUGCCACCACAUGUUCCAUUAUAGGUGUUACCCCCAAAUGUAAACCCAAGUGGUGGGUUCCCUACUACGGAGAAGUGAAGUACCUUAUUCUUCUAUUUUAUAUUUUAUACUUAAGCCCUGCGGUCUCCAAACCCCUGGUCCCCACACCCUGCUCCCCAUGGGCUUCUCAUUCAUAAGCUGUUGUGUCAGUCUCCUGGGAAGACUCUGAACAGUAGUGACUACUGAACCAUGAACCCCUGGGGCAGUGAUUGAGCCAGAAGGGCCCUGAUCUGCUUUCCACCUUUCUCUCCCUUGCUGCAUGCCCAGGGGCUGACUUGUUGGAGGGCCACAUCAUGAGACUUCCCUGUCCUCUGGCUUUCCGUUGACCUCCCAGGAGGGCAGAUAAGAGCUGGGGUUGGGGACAGAGUAGGUGAUGGUGUUUAUUCCCCCGGUUCCCUUGCAGGUUGCCUCAGGCUGGCCUCCACCGAAGGUCUCAGCUCUAGGGAGGUGGCCCUCUUUCCCACAAGCCUUCUCCAUCUGUGUGUUCUAGUAAGUGCUUCCUCCUCUCACCCCUUCAGGGUGAAGGGUGAAGUGGGAGCCUGGCUUUAAUUAGUCCUGGCUGGACCUGUGGUUUCCAUACAUCCUGCUCACAUUUUUGUUUCAAAAACAAAAAACAAACAAAAACCCCCCAAAAAACCUUUUAUAGAUCCCUCCUCAGAUAAUCCUAAUUUGAGUGUGCCAUCUAUUUCCUCAGGACCCUGACUAAUAGUGUCUCUUCUGAAAAAGCCGAGUGCAUUCAGGUCUAGAAGAGAAACCUUUCAUUUGAAGUUGAACCUCAGAGCUUUUGAUCCUUAGGUAGGUGAUGCUUCCUCUCCUUGUUCCUUAUUUGGCCUAGUUUAUAAUCUCUAAAUAAGUUGUUAUUAGCACUUAUUGCCAGUAAGGCAUUGCAGUCUCUAGUAAAUGAUAAGGUAUUGUGAAAUGGAAAAUACUUGCUUAUAUUAGCCUAAGUGAAGACAGUGUGUUGUACUGGAAUUGAAGUCUUUUAUGAGUUUUUUUUUUAAUAUAUUGCAAAAGUUAAGAUAAAGGAAUAUGAUAUGACAAAUGUCAAUGUGUUUUUCUAAUACAGUAUGGAAUAGAGGAUCUUUUCUGGACAUAAAUGUGUUUGCAAUUCCAUUUUCAUACAUAUUGCAUGGCUUAAUGGCUUGAGAACUAAAACCAGAAAUCACUGGUAAUGUCCAUCCCCAUGUGUCUUUCUUCUAAAAAAACAUACAAAGCCAAGAUUUUAAUGUAAAAUAUUUUUCUUUAAUUGCAUCUUAUAUCUUGAUUAAUGAAACAUGGAAAUAGUGGUUUUCAGUUUUGGUCACCUGAGGAACCUCUUUUCAUUUGCUUUUAGAGAAGUCCAUUUUCUAAAGAGACACAAUAUUGCCACACAAUGUGCAAAACCCUUUUUGGUAAUAAAAAAUUGUUAUUUACCUCUAAGCAAAUAUUUGCAGUUAUUUACUCCAAAUUAGAUGGGUAAAAAGGACUGAUUUAGAUCUUGUAGCUUACUCAACUCAUCAUUAAUUACUAUCAAACACCCAAGUAUUGAAGACGUUUCUAAUAAACAAAAAGGCAUAUUCUGAGUACCUUAAAUAAAUGUUUACUUUAACAGGUAUUUCCUAAAUCUCUGGAUUUUGGUAUGUAAUUUUAAAAUACUUACAUAUAUGCAUGUAAAUUAGUAAUACUGCAGCCAUAUCCUUGCAAACACAUCUGUCAAUGUCAAAGGUUUCACUUUUUUUUUUUUUUUAAACAAAACCACUUUGUACUACCUAUA